UCCUGUCGGCGGUCGGUAUGGACGAGAUAAACUCCAUACGAACAUGACGAACGGCACACGAACGUGAACUUAGAAAGUAGCUCAGAAGACUGCCGUUGAUGUCCUGGCUGAAUGUGUCACUGUCAUGUGGUGCUGAUUGAUAGUCUACAACACCCGGAAUGAACUUUCCUCCUAGUGAAGUGUAUUGACAGUCAGCAUUCAACACAAAAGACCAAAUCCAACAAACAGCACAAUGUCUGAAUCGGUGCGCUAUUUGAAGAGCAAUCUACCCACUGAUGGUACCUUAUCAGAUGGGUGUAUAACUGAACAUGUUACCAGAAAUAUCCAACCAUUACAUAUAAGCGAUGAUCCAGAAUGGUUGACGCAAAGCUAUGGUGCGUAUGAGUAUGAAGAAGAACUUCGAGAUGUUUUUCACUUUUCUGGGAACGGAGGAAGCCUCCCACAGUUGAAUAGAGCUGGCUCAGACAACUCAUCAUUGGCAACUAAAUCAGCCACUACAAAGCCUCGAGCAAGGCCUGCUAACAGACUCAGACAUAGGAUGAGUAUGGUUGAUGCAAAGUUAACCAAGCUACCAAACUCUCUGAUUGAGAUGUGUGUUUUGGUAGGUUUGGAUCAAGACACUGGUGUCCGAUGUGCAAGACAUGCUCAGGUUUCAGAGGCAGCCAGCUGGUCAAGUUUCUUCAGUUUACCGCUUGAUCCUCAAAUCUUAGCAGUCAUCAACAAUCAAGACGCUUACUUCCCUAAUGCUAAGAUGACCUUUGAUUCCUACUUCCCGCCUGUCAACGCCAAGGCAUCUACAAAAACACCACGUAAAGCUCCACCAUUGAAGCGUGGGGCAUCUCGCCGAUUGUCAACGAAGCCAAGACCUGUUGCAUUCCCACAUAACCAGGAGAUGAUUGCAUCCUUGCCUACUCUAUGUUUCCCAAGUGAAGCGUUCUUACAGCAGAGCAAACCUCCAGAAAGCUUCCAAUAUCUUGUACUAACCAGUAUAAGUGGCAGUCGUUCCUACGCUACAUGCUUAACAUUCCAUCGGCAAUACCUACUCAACAUACAGACCAAAGAUGGUAAGCUUGAACUUCAAGUUGAUUCCAGUGAUUCGUCAUCAGUCAAGUGUUGGGUUCCUACUUGUAUCUGUGUCAUUUCUUCACAGCCUUACUUCCUUGUCAUGAAGCAAUGUUUAUCAACCUUAAUACCAAGCCUUAAUGAGGAGAGAAGCGAGAUGCUAAAGAGCUUAAAAUACUUCACAAUCCAAAUGACAAUGAUUCCUACACCACCAGCAGGUUCAUUAUGUGUGUCGUUUUGCCUGGGUGAAAAUCAGCGUCCAAUCACAGUACAUCCCCCUGACAACCCAGAGAAACAAUGCGUUGACAUUCCUCUGAAUCUACCGUUUCUGCGUUUUAGUCUGGAUGAUAUCCUGGAGAUAGUGACUUGCCUCUUAACCCAACAGAGACUAGUCUUUCUUUCUGAAGACUACGCUCUUCUUACUCCCAUCGUUGAGUGCUUCCUUCUCUUCAUCUUGCCCUUCAAGUGGCCAUUUGUCUACGUUCCCGUUGUCUCCUCAUCGCUUCUUGAUCUCCUAGAAGCUCCUGGAUGUUUCAUCAUGGGCUGCAACUCAGUCCAUCGACAAAGAAUAUCACAGAUAGAGGGCCUAGUUAUGGUUGACAUUGACCGGAGACAAGUUGUCAAGUGUAAGACGAUAAAGAUGCCAUCAAUUCCAGAAGGAGGCGUUAUCACCUUCAAGAAAUUAUAUCAGAGUGCUAGUUCCAAGCAGUACGAGAUUGCGAUGCUGAGUCGACCAGCAUCAACGACUCUUGACAGUGAUUGCUCAUUCAGAGAUAGAAUUCAAAGACAGUAUCAAAGAGAUAUUCAAGAAUGUUUUACUGAGAUGUAUGCAACACUCUUCAGGGAUGUUUAUGACUUCAUGUACUUUGAUCAGAGACGAUUUAAAGAUGAUGAGUUUAUCGCAAGUAGACCUGAUGAUGAGAAGGAUUUCUACACUGAGUUUCUUCAGACGCAACUGUUUAAGACGUUCAAGUACGAUAGACUUGACAAGAAGAAAGACUAUUAUUUGAAUCUCAGUAAACGACAACGACCUUUGAACUCAAUGGAAUCUUACUCCCGACGUAACUUCAGUCGUAGUUUAAUAACACACAGCCCUGUUUCAUCAAGAAGAGCUGAUAGUUUUAAAGGAGGCAGUACGGCUUACACCUAUUUCUGCCUGCCAACAUGCGAAGUUCCACUUCCAACAAUACAUCAGUUUUAUGAUAGCUGUAUUGAGCAGAUUAGCAUAUCCAUCAAGACUGCAAAGUCAGCCAGUGUCAAAGCUUCCUAUCUGUUCCUGAGAGGGAUGUUCCAAAUAGCAUGCUCACGCCCUCUGAAUGGUCUAGAUGACUUCCAUAAUCUACACACAACAGAUCUGUCUAUCUUCCCAGUGGAGGAAAUAACUCGAGUAGUUGAAGACCUAAGUGCUUCAGAGAAAGCUGAACUUGAAGAGCAAGAUUUCUACAAACGAGGAGAGAUCUUAAAUAAAAUCAGUCAGCGUAAACGACCAACUGGGACUUCUACACCAACUAUAACAGAGGAUCUACCCCAGGAGGGAUUGCUAUGUCUUGCUGAAUUUGUUCUCCAUAUUCAGAAUCUAGAGAUUGCUAUUGAUAUGGACGUCAUUGAUAGACUCUUCAAUGCACUCACUGGAAAUCAAUCGGUUCUUGAUGCCGAAACUUUCUUGUUCUUUGUGGAUGCUUGGAAAGAAGGGGAGAUUGAAGGAACGGCGAUUCCAGAUGAGAUUUAUGAACGUCAUCUUGUUCACACUGAGAGUGUCUUAAAGAUCUCAUCAUUGAUUAGCUCUGUUCAAGGAAUGGGGAGAUUGGUCUUAACAGAUAAGAGACUGUUUGUUGUAACUCAAGGGAAUAACACAUUCCAUGAAGUCAUUCGGAUCAAAGACAUCAGCUGUUUAGAGAGAUUUGAGAGAUCAUUCCUACUUCUAAGUAGUGCACCAGCUCUAAGGGUUUACAGCAAAUUGCCAGACAAAGAGCCGUACAUGGCAAACCUUAAGGGAGAGCGUAAUACCUGGUAUACACUUAUCAAUGAGAUGUGGUCUGGACGCGCCAUCGCUGACGCCCAGAAGGAUCCUCAUAUCGUACAACAAGCUGCAAGGAAUAUCUGUCUUCUUGAUGCAGCGAUACGUAGCGCUGAGAAUGCUGGGGCUACACAUGCUAAACACUUGGAGCAUGUCUCUCAGGUUUUAUGUCACUUCACACGGUUGAAAGAGGAAGGAAUGGCAAGUGUUGCGCCAGAGACAGGGAGUGCCUUAGUUCAUAAAUUCAAUCCUUCGGCUAAUGAAGCUCAACGUAGUACAGUAGAAGCAAUGCUAUACACACCAGGAAACCGCAGUGAUGGCCGCUAUGAGGAAGACUCAUGUCCCAGGCUAUGGUGUGCCAUGGGGUCAGGAAAGGUCAAAGUGUUUGAUGGCAGUAACUUCUUAUUGGAGGCAGAGAUUCCUGAGGCCAAAGAUCGAGUUUGUUGUCUAGCGUGUGUAAAAGGAGAGCAGAUAUGGGCGGGGUCAUUUGAUACAACGAUUUACAUAAUUGAUGUGUUUACGUACUCAGCAAACAAACAACUCAUGGAUCACAAUGAUAUUGUGUCUGACAUCACUGUCACUAGCGAUCAAAGUACUGCAUACACAGCGAGUCUGAAUGGACAGAUAAUUGAAUGGGAUACUGCAUCGUUAACUAAAACCAAAGUCAUCCAGCUUCAGAAUACAGAUAAACUAGUUUCCAUCAAGUGGGAUGAUGCAUCACAUCGUCUAUGGUGCUGCACAAAAGACGACAUUCGAUUGAUUGAUAAGAAUGGUGCAGUCUUACAGAAGUUUGUACACAGAGAUGAGAAAGGCUUUCCUAUACUCCUUGAGACGUUUAUCUUCACUAAGAAUACGGUCUGGGCAGGUUGUGGAAGGAGGGGAGAGAUCGUCAGUUGGGAUAAGAUGUCUUUUAAGAGACUGAAAGUACUCAAGAUUGACUGUCGAGGAGUUAGUAAGAUGGUGGCCGUCGAUAAAUGGAUAUGGGUGGCGAGUAAGCAGGGAAAGAUCCACUUAUUUGACAAAGAGACGGGAAAACAUGAGAAAGCUCUGACGGGUCAUAAUGAUGCAAUUCGCUCCAUGACACAAGCAGAGAUGAGAUACGUCUUGACAGGAGCUGGGAGCAGAGAUGGUAAGGUGGCUGUCUGGAGAGCACAAUUUAUAGUCUGAGUGUCUCCUAGAUGCAGAUAGAGACAACAUUUGUCUUGACUGGAGCUGGGAGCAGAGAGGGUAAGAUGAAGGACAAGAUUGACGAUCUUCCAGAUUCAGAGAGAAUGUCUUCCAACCAAGUUGUGCAAACUGUAAUGUUCAACCUCUUUUUGCCCUUUUGAUCUUCCACUUCAGGGAGUCAAAUUAUUGUCACUCAUCUUAUUGCUUACUGGAUCUGUUAGCAUAAGUCAGAGACUGUAAGCAAAUGUCACACAUGGUCUUAAAGGUUUUUACUGAACAUAACUUGCUUCUUUCUGAGCAAGGAAAACUUUGAAGGCUUUAUUUUUAAAUAUCACAUCACAAGAGAAUACUUUUUGAAUA